AUGGCUACCCCUAGUGUCCUCACUUUUGACGCUGAGGGUCGGGCCAUUGACUUUGACGUCUGGGUAGAUGACCCGCAGCUUUUAUUACAGUGCGAUAGGGCAGACGGUCUCUCCUUCUUUGACCUCACCUCUGGUGCCUCUCCUGCCCCUACUGCUGAUGCCGACGCCACUGUUCGCUCACAAUGGGCCACACGCGAUGCUGCUGCACGUCUUGCUGUGCGUCACCACCUACCUACCUCUGAGCGUGCGCACUUUAGUCAGUACAAGAGUGCUCAGACCUUGUACGACGUUGUAGUUGCACGCUACUCCUCCCCUGCCACUGCUGCACUGAGCCGCCUCAUGCUACCGUACCUCUUCCCUGACCUUGCUGCCUUUCCCACAGUCACUGACCUCAUUACACACCUCCGCACUAGUGACACUCGCUACCGCGCUGCGCUUCCUGCUGAGUUCUGCGCCAAGAACCCCCCCCCCCAUGGGUGUUCCCCCUCCCCCCUUUUGCCCUCUGUUGCCUCUGCUGCUACGGCCGACCUCGUUGGGCCUGAGUCGGUCGGUGCGGCGUCUACCCCUAGCGGGAGACGCCGCCCUGGCAAGGGCAACGGGGGCAGGGGCGCUGGAGGAGCUAGCGGGGGCGGUGGAGGCGGCGGUGGAGGCGGCGGAGGGGGUGGGGGUGGCGGUGGGGGUGGUGGCGGGGGUGGAGGUGUCGGUGGCGGCAGUGGAGGCGGCGGCGGCGGCGGCGGUGCCAGUGGGAGCGGAGGUGGCGGAGGUGGCGGCGGUGGAGGAGGCGGUAGCGGAGGAGGUGGAGCUGGUCGGGGUGGCGCUGCGAAGAGGGUCGGCUCCGGUGGUGGUCAGCAGCAGCAGCAGCAGCGCACUCGUGACAUCCCCCCCCCUCAGCAGCUCCGUGAGUGGUACGCUGCACGCCAGCGGGGUGGGGGUACUGGUCCGUGCACCUACGUCCUACGCACCGGCGACCGCGCGGGUCAGCAUUGUGGGAGUGCGCACUCCACCAAGCGCUGCUUUGGCCGCCUGACGGACGCUUGGCGUCACCAGUUCCUUGAGGCCACUGAGAUCCCUCGCUGGGGCGAGCUGUCUAGGGCAGGGGUAGCUAUCUUUGACCUUGACUUUGAUGCUAUUCUUGUUGCUAUCAAGGCUGCUGCUCUAGGUGCUAGUGCGUCUGCUUCCUCAGGUGCUGGUGAGUCUGCGCUCUCAGGUACUGCGUCGGCUUCGGCCUCCCACACCUUCACUUUAGACCCGGAGGCUUCUCGCUCCUUCUUUCGAGACCGCACCACACUCACGCCGCUUGGUCGGCCAGUUGCAGUCUCUCUGGCAGACCCCUCUGGGGGUCCUGUCCUUGCUCACUUCUCCACUGUCCUCCCAUGUCCGGCGGCCCCCUCUGGCACCCUGUCUGGCCUUUACCUCCCCUCGUUCUCUACGAACUUGGUGAGUGGUGCUGACCUACAGGAUGCGGGGGUUCAGUUCACUCCUGCGAGUCAGAGGGUGACCCACUGGACGGACGCUCGGACAGGCCGAAACCUGGCCACGUUUACACGUCGGCCGGGGUCGAGCCUGUACACACUGACCACUGCGUCUCCUCCAGUCACUGCGUCUGGUCAGGUAGCUGCGUCGGGUCAGGUGUUUGCUGCAGCGUCCAGGUCUGGUCCUGAGUCUGCCCCCUGCUCGUGUCGCCUCCUGUCUCACGAGACUCUCCUCUGGCACCACCGCCUUGGUCACCCCUCCCUGCUUCGUCUCCGAAGCAUGGCCUCCUGUGUCCUUGUCUCUGGACUUCCCCGGUCUCUAAACCCUACCUGCGUCCCCUGUGUGGAGGGGCGGCAGCGGGCUGCCCCUCACUCCUCCCAGUUUCCUCCGACAGAGGCCCCGCUGCAGACGCUUCACCUGGACGUGUGGGGCCCGGCCCGCGUCCGUGGACAGGGUCACGAGCGCUACUUCCUGCUGGUGGUUGACGACUACUCGCGUUACACCACAGUCUUCCCCUUGCGCAGCAAGGGUGAUGUCACUGAGGUGUUGAUCGACUGGAUCCGCGCAAUUCGUCUCCAGCUCAGGCAGAGCUUCGGCUCGGACUUUCCUGUUCUGCGUCUGCACUCUGACAGAGGCGGAGAGUUCUCCUCUGGCCAUCUGCGAGCCUACUGUCGUGCACGAGGCAUCCGCCAGACCUUUACGCUUCCGGACUCUCCACAGCAAAAUGGGAUUGCUGAGCGCCGCAUUGGCAUGGUCAUGGACGUCGCCCGUACGUCCAUGAUGCAUGCGGCUGCCCCCCAUUUUCUGUGGCCGUUUGCGGUUCGGUACGUGGCGCAUCAUAUCAACCUUCAGCCCAGGGUCUCCAUGCCGGAGACCUCCCCAGCUUUGCUGUGGACGGGGAAGGUUGGGGAUGCGUCUGCGUUCCGUGUCUGGGGAUCUCGGGCGUUUGUCCGUGACUUGUCUGCGGACAAGCUGUCCCCUCGUGCUGCUCCUUGUGACUUCCUUAGCUUCCCCCCUGACGCGCCAGGGUGGCAGUUCUACCACCCCACCUCUCGCCGUGUUCUGUCCUCCCAGGACGUCACGUUUGACGAGUCGGUCCCCUACUACCGCCUCUUCCCCUACCGCACUCCGUCCCUCCCCCUGCCACCGCUCUUCCCUGUGCCAGACGCAGUCGAGCCUGUCGAGGUUACUUGUGACUCUGGUGCUGCUGAGGGUGCUGAGCCUGAGGGUGCUACUACUUGGGGUGCUGAGCCUGGGGGUGCUGAGACUGGGGGUGCUGAGCCUGGGGGUGCUGAGCCUGGGAGUGCGACGCCUGGGGGUGCUGAGCCUAGGGGUGCUACACCUGGAGGUGCUGAGCCUGGGGGUGCGGAGCCUGAGGGAGCUGGGCCUGCUCGUGUGGCGUCUGGAGGUUCUCCAGGUGCUUCGUCUCGGCGGGAGCCACUCUCUCCACAGGAGCUGCGCGAGUGGUUUGCCCGGCGCUGGAGGCGUGCUGCUGGAGCUGGAGGUUCUUCGGCUGCUGAGGGUGCCGGUGCCGCGGGUCCCGGAGGUGCUCGUACUGGGAGUACUGGAGUUGCUGGGCCUGCGGAUACAACUGGAGCUGGAGCUGCUGAGGGUGUUGGCGCUAAAGCUACUGCUGUCGGUCCUGGAGGCGGUCCUUCUAGGGGUGCUACUGGUGCUGCUGGAGGUACUGGAGCUGGAGGUGCUGCUGGCGCUGGUGCUGCCGCUGGGGGUACUGGUGCUAUUCCUGCUGUGUCUGGAGUCGCCGCGCGGCCUCGGCCGUACUUUGUUCCGCUCCUCCAGCAGGUUCUUGGUCUCCCGCCUUCCACUGCUCCUCCUCCUCCCUUAGAGUGUCCACAGCCUCUCCCGUCGCAGUUGAAGUUACAGCCGGCCUACCCACUGCCUGCUCCUUCUCCCUACACUGGUCCUACUAGAGGUCUUGCUGAGCGUCGUGAGCCUGCGUCUCGCCCUGCGUCGCCUGUCCGUCCUGCUCGCACUAGUGGUCGUGGUUCGCGUCAGCGUCCUCCUCCUGUCCCUGGCACGCACCGGAUGUCUCUGCGUCCGUCUACUGCUCCUCUGCGUGCCCCUUUACCUUCUCCUCCUGAGUCCUCUCUUCCUGCUCUUGCCGACCCAGAGUCGGACUCUCUUCGUGCUGCCAGUCCUACUGUCACGCAUCUCCUUGCUGCUGUUGUCACUGACCCAUCCUUUGAGUCCAGUGCUGCGUCUGCCCUAGUUGCUGAGCUCGUCGACUUUGCUGCUCGCUGUCGUCUAGACUACGCAACUAGUCUUGUCGCUGAGUCUGAGUCUCUCUGUCCUCCGUCCGUCGGGGGUGAGUGUGCCCUUGGCACGGACGUCCUUGAGGACAGGCAGGAGGAGUUCCAGUGUUUGGCUGCUGCUUCACCUCAUCUCAUGUCCGUACUGCUUACCCCUGAGGGAGACCCGGAUGCACUUGACAUCCCGACUCCGCGCUCUUACGCGGAGGCAAUAGAGGGUCCCUACUCCUCUCAGUGGCAAGCAGCUAUGGACGCAGAGAUGGCUUUGUGGAAGUCCACAGGCACCUACGUUGACGACGUUCCCCCGCCUGGGGCGAACAUCGUCAGUGGCAUGUGGAUUUUCAGGGUGAAGCGGCCGCCGGGUUCCCCGCCUGUCUUCAAGGCGCGUUACGUGGCUCGUGGCUUCAGACAGCGGCAGGGAGUUGACUACUUUCAGACCUUCUCUCCCACCCCGAAGAUGACCACUCUUUGGGUACUGCUGCACAUAGCUGCUCACCGUGACUACGAGCUACACUCUCUUGACAUCAGCACUGCUUUCUUGCAGGGCAGCCUGCACGAGGAGAUCUGGCUGCGCCGCCCACCUGGCUUCACUGGGACUUUUCCUCCUGGCACCCAGUGGAGCCUCUGGUGGCCAGUCUACGGUCUCCGCCAGGCGCCGCGUGAGUGGCACGACACACUGAGGACUACGCUUGCGGCUCUUGGGUUUGCUCCUUCUACUGCCGACCCGUCGCUGUUUCUGCGCACCGACACUUCUUUGCCGCCGUUCUACAUCCUCGUGUACGUCGACGACUUGGUCUUUGCCACAGCUGACACUGCUGGACUCGCCCACGUGAAGUCCGAGCUGCUGAAGAGACACACGUGCACAGACCUGGGUGAACUGCGCAGCUACCUUGGCUUGCAUAUCACCCGGGACAGAGCACGCCGCACCAUUACCCUGACUCAGUCACACAUGGUGCAGCAGGUCCUUCAACGCUUCGGCUUCACGUACUCCUCGCCUCAGGCCACUCCUCUGCCUACUCGCCACUCGCUCUUAGCUCAGCCUUCGGAUGAGUCCGUAGAGUCGAGUGGCCCGUACCCAGAGCUUGUUGGCUGUCUCAUGCACCUGAUGACCUGCACACGACCUGACCUUGCAUACCCUCUUAGCAUAUUGGCACACUAUGUUGCUCCUGGGAGACACCGACCAGAGCACAUGGCUGCAGCGAAGAGGGUGUUGCGCUACUUGUGCAGUACGUCGGGCAUGGGGCUUGUGCUUGGAGGGCAGAGUCCAGUGGUCCUCACUGGGCACGCGGACGCUUCUUGGGCUGACGACCAGGCUACGCAGCGGUCGUCACAGAGUUACACCUUCAGCCUUGGUUCCGGCUCUGCUUCGUGGCGGGCUACCCGCUCGUCUUCUAUUCUCGGCUCCAGUUGUGAGGCUGAGAUCUACGCCGGGGCCAUGGCUGCACAGGAGCUUCGCUGGCUCACCUACCUGCUGACUGACCUCGGAGAGCCGCCUCGUUCUCCUCCAGUGCUAUACGUAGACAACAAGGCCAUGCUGGCCUUGUGUCGAGAGCAGAGACUGGAGCACUGA